CCCCGAUGUCGGGUUCCUCAUCCGCACCUCCCCCUACGCUGGAAAAGUCGUCGAACUCGAUGUCGGGCUCUUCCAGCGUACCAGCAGAUUCCCAACGGCACAAAACCCCUUCCCGUAGGGCUUUUGCACAUCGGCGCGCCGCCGAGCGCAUUGUUGAGCGACAUGGCGCCAAGCCCAACAAUGUAUUGUCCAAGGACGAGAAAUCGUCUCUUGAAUGGGCCAAAAGUAUCCUGGCUAGACAACAGGACUCAAAUCCUCCAGCCAAAGCAGAAGUGACGAAGUCUGCUGCUGAGGCGCCUAAACGGCAAAGAUCAGAGGAAGAGUCCCCUUCGUUGUCAACCAUCCAGCCGACGACUAAACGUCCAAAGAAGGCGCAAACUGUCGUCGUUAAUAGGCCUUUCAGUGAGGUUGCCAAAAAUCCACUGGUAAGGGCUAUUAUCGACAGGAGCAAUAGUGACGGGGCCAUCUCUCAAGAUAAAUGGGGGAUCAUCCGUCAACGAAUGCUAGGGGUGUACUGGAAAAUCCUUAAGGAAAAUCCAGGACCCGCCCCCCAAAAUGAUGACGCUGGCUGGUUCCAGGGUCAUAUAAAACUGCUGGCUUGUUCGAAUGAGCGCUCUGCGUUACUUCUCAAGCUAGCGAUUGAGUCCCUUGGGGAAGUGUGGCCAGGUGCUAUGUUGGACGUGGUCCCGGUAUGUGAAAUUCCUCGCAGACCGAGAUCCAUUGCCACCAUCCCAACUGAGCCUCAUGACCCGGCGGAGAUUCUGGCGCUCCUUCAGAGCGGAAACCCUCAUCUACCUACCCAUGAUUGGAAGGUGGUGAAGGUCUCCGAACCGAUAGGAACGAUCAGAAAGGCGAUUGUGGUCCUUAAUAAGGAGUCCGUGUCGCCACUGCGAGAGUGCGGAAGCAAAGUAUACUAUGGCUUUGAUAGUAUUACUCUCCGUACCUACCGCAGUGACGACAAACGCAACGCCGCUGCCUCGAAGGUUAAGCUAGAGGUUCCGCCCAAGAAGGACGAUGAUAACAUCGACGAUCCCGCUGUUUCAGAAGGCGGGGAGAACUCUCAAUCGACCACAGGUCAAUUGGGAGAACUCCUCGGCGAUCUGAAAGUGGCGGAGGACGACGACACCCUUUCGGAUACUGAUCCGGAAGAUGUCGACGUAACCGUCGUCUACGAUCCUGACUUAGGAGAUGGUGAAGGUAUUGCAGAUUAACCUUCACCACUCCAAAGCAGCAUCUGCUGCCCUCCUCCUCCGUUUAGCUGAAAGAGGGGAGGAGCUAAUCCUGGUCCAGGAACCGUGGACCCACCAUGGUAAAGUUCGUGGACUCUCGCUUAGAGGCUAUAAGCUUCUUCAUGCUAACUGUUCAGCGACGAAGAUACUGUUGCGGCUGCUUGGGAGUCUGGUAACUCAAACAUCUGGCUUCUAAGUAGCUAUAUGGCACACGACCAUGGCGACCAGCCACCAAAUCGCCUGGUGAGGGAAAUUGUGUGUGAGGCAGAUAGGCGACACAUUCCGCUUCUCAUGGGUGCAGAUGCAAAUGCGCACCACACGGUCUGGGGAAGCUCAGACAUUAACUCAAGAGGUGAGUCUCUUUUAGAUUUUCUAUUAGAUAAUAACCUAGUAGUAGUAAAUAGAGGUUCAGAACCCACUUUCAUAGUUGCAAAUAGAAAGG